AUGAAUGCUACUACUGCGUCAUUAGACCACCCGAAAGUUAAAAGUCCUGAAGGGACACGAACUUACGCGCACGCAGCCAGAACUAAUGCCCCGCCCCCACUAACCAAAAUCUUAGCCCGCAGUGAAGCGCAAGCAAGGCAAAUCCUUAUCGACAGACGUUCAUUCGGCGAGAUAGACACGCUAAGAGGACUAACUGAAGCUGAGCUCGUCGCAAAAGCCAAACUAACACUAGAACUAGUAGAGAAAGACGGAGUCCCCAUCCCCCAAGGACUAACCUUCCAAUCAGCACGACGACUCCCACAUGGAGGGAUCCUAUAUGAACUCGACUCGGCAGAAUCUGCCCAAUGGCUCAACACCCCCACCCACAGAGGAAAAUUUGCGGUCAACUUCGGCCCCAACGCUACCAUCAAAGACCGAUCCUUCAACAUAUUGGUUGAAAACGUACCCCUCUCCUACAACCCC